AUGACCAAGUCUAUUGAAGAAAUUUAUGGUGAGCAUUGCAUUCAGCACAUCAAAUCUGUUGAUAAAUACGAUGAAAUCAAGUUGGGAGAUUCGCGCGUGUUGUCACCAAGUAAUUGGAUCAAGUCGAAGAUGCACGCAGUUGGGGAUUCCAUCAACUACAAGCACAGUGAUGAUGGCACACCUGACUUUGGCAACGACGGAUACACGUACCUUUUGCAAUAUCAAUUUAAUGAACUGGAUGAAUCGCAGAUGCUUGAUAAUUUCUUCUUUAAGUCCAAUGAAGACCGUGAAUCAUUUGAACAAGCAAACGUUGAAUGCGGUGUGGAAUACUUCCUUGCAGCUCAAUCCUACGAUGAGCAUUUGUAUCAAUUGUGCAUGAUGAUUCGAGGCGAUUUGUUCUCCAACAACCAAAACGUGUGGAAUCUCGCUGGAUUCUUUGCUUGUCAAGUUCAUUCGGAUUGGCAUUUAGUGCGCAAGACCUAUCUCUGUGUGCUCAAACAAAAAAGUAGAGCGUUUCAACAAGGACUGGUGGAGUUAACUGGUCGAACAAUUAAUGACAUGCGUUCAGCCAUGGUUGAUACGUCAUUUGAGAACGAUGAGCUUGAAUAUUGGGCGGAGAAGUAUCUAGUGAUCGAGAACAAGCCCAAUCUGCUAGUCGCGGUCACUUUCCACGCCACUGGUAAUGCCAAUUCUGCGGUUGCGGGCAAGGCUUCGAAUGAAUAUGGUGUUGACAUGAUCACCACGACCGCAAUCUUCGUCGAGAAUCCACGACGAAAGCAUCUCUUCAUACUCGGUGCUGAUGCCACCUCACAAGAAGCCUUUCACCGUGUGGUCGUGCUUCAUCCACGUGGCUUCCCCCUUCUUCCGCGCCAAGUAGAGCGUCAAUCUGGCUGGAUCAACUUUGAAGCGAUCAUCGACGUCUUUCUUCUCGUUCACAUGGCCUUCUGCAGCGCGCUCACUUUCGCGUUGCUCGCUAUCUUCACGGGAAACACAGUCCCUUCGCCGUAUACCGCGCACUCCAACUCGACAUCUGCCAUCUUCGUGCGGAAAGUUCUCGACUGA